AUGAACGUAAACUACACGUACAGUAAACUUAGGCGCGAGUACGGUCGACAGUGCUCGUUCAUUAAAUCCGGCCCAAUAGUGUUGGCCAACGUGACACCAGACCCAGGCACAGAAGAACAACUAUGGUCACCAGAGAACCCUGUGGACAAAAGCACCAAUAAAGGCAACGAUUGGUCUGAGCAUGAAGCGAAUACUGUGCGCGUGGAGUAUGCCGAACGUGGAAUUUUUCACACAGAAGGUGGUUGGCCCAAAGAUAUAAAUCUGGACGACCCGGAACAAGUGGUCCGGUUCCGGAAGAAGGCGGAAAAAGACGAAACGUAUUUACAAGCGGUUAUGCAAAUGUCUAGCCUCGCCGAGCACUAUAUAAAUCAAAACAAUUCAAUUGACAUUUAUCAACCAUACUUUACUGAUCCGAGCUGUCAAAAGAUGCAAACUUUGGCACCGUCAUUCCGGACAGUGGCGGUGAUGUCCGAUCCCCGUGAACCGACCAGGCCGGUACAAAAUAUAUCUUGGUCGCCCGACCAGGGCACGUUGGUUGCGGUAAGCUACGCUGAUAUGAGGUUCCAGAUGGCUGAUUCAGAUACCAGUCCCGACUCGUUCAUAUUUGACUUAGAGGACUCCACCACCCCUUAUUUCACGAUUGAGUCACCACAUCCGAUUGUGACGCUCGAGUUCAACCAUAGAGACGUACAGUGCCUAGCAGGUGGUUUGAUGAGCGGCCAGGUCGCGUUCUGGGACCUGCGUAAAAGCUCAAACAACGUAGCCAUCAGCAAUAUAAGGGACGGUCAUCGAGAUCCAGUACGAAGUCUCCGCUGGAUCCAUUCCAAAACUAGCACUGAGUUCUACACCGGUUCAAGUGACGGUCAGGUCAUGUGGUGGGACGCUCGAAAACUCACAGAACCCAUGGAAGUGUUGAUAUUAGAUCUAUCGAAAAGUGAAAACGUCGAUGAACCAGAAUGGACUAAAUGGGCUCGGUCACACGGGGUGUUUUGCAUGGAUUACGAUCCUUCGAUCCCAAUACGAUUUAUGAUAGGCACAGAGACUGGAUUGGUGUUCAACGGYAAUCGUAAAGGCAAAACGGUUUUUGAGAAAAUAUCGUCCACGUACAACUGUCACUACGGCCCAGUAUAUUCAGUACAACGAAACCCAGCAUUUUUAAAAAACUUCAUGACCGUUGGCGAUUGGCAGGUGAGAAUAUGGUCAGAGGACGUGAAGGAAUCGCCUAUAAUGUGGACAAAAYAUCAUGAUGUGAAACUAACUGACGGUGCUUGGAGUGAAUCUAAGCCAUCGGUUUUCUAUACAACUAGAGCUGAUGGUUGUCUGGAUGGUUGGGACAUCUUACAGAAACAAAAGGAUCCAAUUCUAACCGUUAAGGUGGCUGACGAAGGACUGAAUUGUAUUCGAUGUCACGAAGGUGGKGCUCUAUUAGCCGUCGGUGACGAUUGCGGAAAGACUUAUGUGAUCAAAAUGAACGAUUGGUUCGUCACUGCCGGAAAAAAUGACAAAGCGCUGUUAACGGCGAUGUUUGAUCGGGAAACAAGACGAGAAAAAAUCAUCGAGGCAAAGCAACGAGAACUAAAACUGAAGACAAAAACAUCCGCAAAAGCUGACACCAAUACGACAAAGGAUAAACAUGCCCAGUUGGUAGAAACUGAAAUCCGAAUGGUCCAAGAAGCAGAAAAAGAAUUCAUGGAGCUCAUUAACAUGAUUAAGAAUGACGAUGAUAACACGGAAAAAUUAGAAAACCAAAAUGAAGUUGAAGAUAAUUGUAGUAAUGCAUUGAAUGAUCAAAAAAAUGAUUGA